AUGAGCGUUUCCCAGUUUGUCAUCGCUUUAGCUGUAUGUUCAGCGUGUACUUAUGGUAACUCGGUCAAGGACAUUCCGGUUCAGAGAUUUGAUGGUUGGUACAACAACCCCUUGAACCCAUCCUGGGGUGGCGUCGGUCGGCCUCUGGAGCGAAACAUUACACCUACAUAUGAAGACGAAACCUAUCUUCCCUCAGGAUGGGACCGACCAAACCCUCGACGGAUUAGCAAUGAACUGUUCGGCAACCCUGCUGGAAGUUCGGGUAUACCACACAAGAGAAACUUAACAGCUCUCUUUGCCUUUUUCGGCCAAAUCAUUCAACAUGAAAUUAUGGACACUGAUGAACUGACUUGCCCUGUGGAGAUCCUUGAUGUGCCGGUGCCACGAGGUGACCCAACCUUUGACCCUGAUGCUAAAGGGGAUAAAACAAUGCCGUAUGAAAGGUCAGCAUACGAGAAGACAUCAGGACAGUCCCCAAACAACCCCAGGAGACAGAUUAACUGGCAAUCAAGCUUCAUUGAUGGAAGUUUCCUGUACGGAAAAAAUUUGGUGAGAACUGAAUUUCUGCGGGACCCAAACUCUGGCAAACUAGCAUGUGAGGACAAGUGGGGCAAAUUUCCGCUGAGGAAUAAUGUUGGGUUACCUUACAAUUCAUACACGUACAGCUACAACAAGUUAGAAGAGCUGUGGCGGCUCGGAGAUGCUGACGUGUUUGAAAAUCCAGCCAUCUUGGCCCUGAACAUGAUGUUCUACAGGUAUCACAAUACAAUGGCUGAAGAGUUCCAGCAGCGUUACAAUUACCUGUCCAGUGAUGAGGCCUUUGAGAAGACCCGCAGAUGGGUUAUUGGGGUCAUACAGAAAAUCAUGGUGUACGAUUGGCUUCCAAAGCUGACUGAGAAGGAGUUGCCGCCAUAUACAGGUUACAAGCCAUGGGUGAAGAGUGACAUCACAGACAUCUUUGACGCUGGCGCCAGCAAGUACAUCAUGACGCUCAUGCCCCCUGCUAUAUACCAGAUAGAUAAUGGGUGCCAGCAUCGAACCACCAACAGACUGUGCAACAUUUACUGGAAAGCAAUGGAUGUACUGUACAGACACGAGUCUGGUACUUUGGAGAUCCUCAAAGGUCUGUCUGCACAAUACGCAGAAAGCUCUGACACUUAUAUUGUUGAGGAUUACCGAAGUAAGUUCUAUGGUCCUCUGUACCAUUCCAAACACGAUGUAGUGCUGUUGACCAUCAUGAAGGGUCGGGACUAUGGCCUGCCUGACUACAAUACCGUCAGAGUUACCAUGGGACUGAAGGAGAAGAUCAGCUUCGAAGAUGUCAAUCCUUGGCUGAAUCAAACCAACCCAGAGCUCAUCAAUGCCUUUAAGAUCCUACACAUGGGAAACAUGUCAACUGUCGACAUGUUUGUUGGUGGUAUGAUGGAGUCGACCCCAGAUGGGCCAGGUGAACUCUUCACCCAUAUUCUGUAUGACCAGUUCAUCCGUCUGCGCGAUGGUGACAGAUUUUGGUUUGAGAACACUGCCAAUGGGUUAUUUUCUCCUGAGGAAGUGCAGCGGCUCUUCAACACCAGCCUUGCCGACAUCUUCCGUACAGCUGGGAUUGAUAUGUUGGACGUACAGGAUGAUGUCUUUACUCUCACAGACAAGUCGCCUUGUGGUCACAGAAUGAUAUUCAAUGAAUCAGUCCUUGAACCUUGCGACAAGCAUCAUGGAUAUGAUUACUUUCAUGGGAGUGAAAUCCCUUACAUCAUUAUUUGGACAUGUCUUGGAUUACUUCCCUUAUUGUGUAUUCUGGCUGCUUAUAUCCUGGCCAAAUGUAAGAAGUGGCGACAUGAGAGACGAGUUCGAGCCCUCAAGGCUGAGCAAGAGAAGAGGAGAAAUUUCCGACGAUCUCUGUCCUGUAGUGUUUCUGUCCAUGAUGGGGUGGAAUGGAGAGGACCUCAUCUUCCUGGCCGACCCAUUGAGCUACACCUGACCACCAAAGGCUGUCUGGAGAUUUUUGCCACAACAGGAACUCAUCUUAGGUCAAUCAAGAUAAGCUCAUUGUCAAACAUUGGAGUCAAGAUUAGCUCCAACAAGAAGAGGAAUGUCAUGGCACUCAUUUUGCCAAGAGAGUAUGACUUGGUUGUAGAGUUCCGAACAGAGGCACUCAGAAGUGAUUUUGUGUCGAUGCUGUGCCAGUUUGUCCAGAACCAUAAUGUAGAUAUCUCAGUGAUCGAGCUGAAGCUGCAUGACCUCUACAGUGCUGCCACCACCAAGGAGAAGAGGAACAAGAUGCUGGAGAAGUUCUUUAAGACAGUGUUCACGGAGGCCUUCCAAAUGGACUAUGAUCCCAACUUGGACAGCGGGCUGCAGGAUGUGAAAAAACAUAGCCAAGAAAUCCUCGAGAUUGAGCUGUCCAAGGAAGAGUUUGCAGAAGCUAUGGCAGUCAAAGCAAAUUCAGACUUUGUGGAGCACUUUUUCAGCCUUAUUGAUUCUGACAGAAAUGGCUACAUUUCCUUUAGGGAGUUUCUAAAUGCUGUGGUGCUUUUCUCUAAAGGCUCCAUCCAAGACAAACUGCAAACCAUGUUUUAUAUGUAUGAUAUUGACGGCACUGGAUUCAUGAGCAUCAAGCAGAUUGGUCAAAUGUUUCGGUCAUUGCUGGAACUGGCUCAGAGUGACCUAACUCAUGGAGAUGUUGAUCUGCUGGUCCAGUCAUUGUGCAAGCAGUCCGGUGUUGGCCCCAAGGAACAAUACUCUUUUGAUGACUUUUGCCAGCUUCUCUCGCCUCAGAUGGACAAGUUGUGGAAUGCAUCUUUUGAUUGGCGGGGGAUACCAAAAGUGAUUCCGUCCAAGGUGAAGACACUCAAGAAAGCAGGCCCACUCAGCAGUGACACAGACAUGCGCCGGCGAGGAUCCUCUGGUUCCUUGUCAGGUCUGGAUGGCGGCAAGUCAAGCGUUGUGAAGAAGUUUGAGGCUGUGCGUGAACACUACACUCCUGUAAAGGCAAAGGUCAAACUGGUGAAACAUUUCAUUGAGAACUAUCGGCACCACAUCUUCUUCAUUGUUCUCUUCUAUGGAAUCUGUGUGGGCUUGUUUGCUGAGAGAUUCUACUAUUACACCGUUGAGCAAGAAAAUGCUGGCUUUAGGAAACUCAUGAGCUAUGGGAUCAGCAUGACAAGAGGUGCUGCUGCCUCCAUGUCUUUCACCUUCAGUUUCCUCCUGGUGACCAUGUGUAGAAACACAAUCACAUACCUGAGAUCCACUCCGCUGAAUUUGUUCAUCCCGUUUGAUUCACAUGUCUCUUUCCACAAGGUGGUGGCAUGGACCUCACUCUUCUUUUCUGCCAUCCACAUAAUUGGUUACAGUUUUAACUUCUACCACCUGGCCACUCAACCAACCCGUUUUCUGUGCAUCUUCACAAGUCUGAUAUUUAGGUAUUUUUGUUUCAAUCAUUUUUGUUCAUUGUGUGGUUUCACCGGUGUCCUGCUGGUUCUGAUCCUGUGUAUCCUGUACGUGUUUGCCACACAGACAGCCCGUCGUCACAUCUUCAGCAUGUUCUGGAUGACACACAAGCUAUUCAUAGUCCUCUACAUUCUGGUGAUCAUCCAUGGAGCAAGUGUGGUGGUACAGAAACCCAUGUUCUUUGCAUACCUGACUGGUCCGGCAAUCUGGUUUAUGGUUGAUAAACUCAUUUCUCUCAGUAGAAAAAAGACGGAGCUGUGUAUCAUCAAGGCCCAAAACUUACCUUCAGAUGUUACCAUGAUUGAAUUCAAGAGACCACCACGUUUUGAAUACAAAUCUGGCCAGUGGGUGCGGAUUGCCUGCUUGGCUCAGGGAAAAGAUGAGUACCACCCAUUCACUCUCACCUCUGCUCCUCAUGAGGACACAUUGAAGCUCCACAUACGAGCCCUGGGGCCUUGGACUUGGAAUUUAAGACAUAUUGUCGAUAAUGUGAACAUGAAAAACACCAAGGAUUAUCCCAAGUUGUACUUGGAUGGACCAUAUGGAGCAGGGCAGCAGGAUUGGUAUCAAUAUGACGUAAGCGUACUUGUUGGAGCAGGUAUUGGUGUCACCCCGUAUGCCUCCAUCUUGAAGGAUUUUGUCCACAUGGCAUCCAUCAACAUGAGGUACAAGGUCAAAUGUCAGAAGCUAUACUUCAUUUGGAUCACAGGCAGCCAAAGACAUUUUGAGUGGUUAAUUGACAUUCUCAAGGAAGUUGAAGAGGUCGAUACACAAGGAAUGGUAUCCAUUGAUAUUUUUAUUACCCAGUUUUUCCAGAAUUUUGACCUCAGGACAGCACUGCUGUACAUCUUUGAGGAACACUUUCAAAAACUGAAUGGAGGGAAAAGUGUGUUCACUGGUCUGAAGGCAACAACACACUUUGGUCGACCUCAAUUGAACAAAAUUAUGGCAGCAGUUCACAAGGCACAUCCUCAGGCUCGGAAAGUCGGUGUAUUCAGCUGUGGACCUCCAGGAGUUACCAAAGGUGUUGAGCGAGCAUGUGUAGAUGCCAGCAAAGCAACAAAAGCCAUGUUCGAACAUCAUUUUGAAAACUUUUAG